UCAAGGGUUUUAAAGCGGUUUAUGGGCUCGGUUUCAUAGGGUCAUUUACCAUUUUUAUUUAAAUAAAUGGAGUAAAAUUGGUGAACCGGUUCGCCAGAGUGAGCCCGUAUAAUACGGGUUCAAGUGACGUGGCAAGAGAUGAUUGGAAGCGCGUUUUUGUGUUGACGAAGUCGAGACACGGGGUCUGUGCAAACCAAAUUCAUUUGUUCUCUUUCCUAGGGUUUGUUUCUCUCAAAGGCGAUUGCGCGAGCGACGGUGACGCCAUUCCAUUUCUCCAUUUCCUCGACGUAUUUCUCCAUCUAAUCAACCAUUUCCUCCACGAGCUAAGGUGAGCAUCCAUUAGGGUUCGUUUCAUCGGGGGAUUUUGGGAUCGAAACCGAAUUAGGGUUCGUUUCACUGGGGUUUGAAAAUCGAUUUGGGGGUUUCUAGCUAGAGUUGUAAAUCGAGUAGUGGGGUUUCGAAUUUCGUUUGUAAAGCGUGAUGAGGGUUUGAUUAAGGGUUCGUUUGAUUGGGGGUUUGAGAUCGAAAGCUAAUUAGGGAUCGUUUCACUGGGGUUUGAAAAUCGAUUUGGGGGUUUCUAGCUAGAGAUGUAAAUUGAGUAGUGAGGUUUCGAUUUUUGUUUGUAAAGUGUGAUGAGGGUUUGAUUUAGGGUUCGUUUCAGCUUUUUGUUUCGUCAACAAUGUUCUAACCUAUUUGUUUAUCUGUUUUAGAUGGAUCCCGCAGCUGAGAGAAGAGACAGAAAGAGCCAAAAGGACUACAUCAACAUGCUAGGAUACGUUGCCGAUUCGGAAUAUGGGAUUCCGACAAGGUGUCCGUGUGGUGGGAGAAUAAUAGACGAGGUCCGGAAGAAGGAGGAGUACGACACUCUUCCUGGCAAGCGGUUCUUCACUUGCACAAACUACGAGGCUGAUGGGUUCCAUUAUCGUCAGGCAUGGGUGGUUGGGGUCCAGGAGGAGAUCCAACGGCUGUCUAAGCGGGUGGAGGAAGCUGAGCAGGUGAUCAACGGGGUGCCUGAGCUCAAUUAUCAGAUUGACAGACUGGAGUCACAGGUUAAAAUCCUGACGGUUCAUGUUGAUAACCUCCAUGUUCAGGUCACUGACAUGGAGAAGUUGGAAUGUCUGAGUAAGCGGUUACAGGAGGCUGAGGAGAUGGUAAAGGUGGUGCCGGAUCUCAAUAAAAAGAUUGCUUCACUGGAGGUAAGUGAAUCAAAAUUAGGUAGUUUAAUACUUGUAAAGCUACUCACUAACACUCUCUUAUUGGCGUUUGAAUGUGCAGGGACAGGUUGAAUUCCUCACUGGCCAGGUUGAUAACCUCACAUCCGAUGUGGAAACCCUGGAGAAGCUGUGUUUCCAUUGAAACCCAAAGGUACACUAAUGCUCACUUCAUGUUUUUGAAAGUCAAUACUAUACUUAAGUGAACUAGAACUAGUUUGGUAAAGUACUGUGAACUAGAACUAGAACAUAAUUGGCUCGGUUUAAUUAGAAUUAUAACUAGACCUAUAACUAUAACUAGAACUAGUACUAGAACUAGAACUAGAACUAGAACUUAAUUCCUUUAAUUCUGUGUUGGUGUUGGUUGGUCGCUGUGAUGAAUGGUCGAACUCAUUAACUUAUCUUCCUUUCAAUAAACUGAUUUGAUGUGUAAUGAAUGCUCUGUGUGAAUGUUGUUGUGUAAUUAACUAUGUGAUUAAAAAACUAGUUUAAAAAGAUAGGAAAACCCACACAAACAUAAAAACACCAACAAACAAAAACCAAAAUGGAUCCUUUUCCCCACAACUCCCACGGGUUUGUAAACCUAUUAUCUCCACAGAGCAGUCAAACAAUUGACUUAGCGUCUGCUGAGAUGCCUAGGUUUAGUAGCCAGCAGUCUGAUGUUCCUAAACCAGUGGAAAGGAAAAGGUUGACAGCACAAGAAGAUAUUGUGCUCAUCAGUGCUUGGUUGAACACGAGCAAGGAUCCAAUAGUUAGUAAUCAGCAGAAGGCGGGGUCGUUUUGGAAGAGGAUAGAGGAGUAUUUCAACGCAAGCGCUAAGUUAAGUGGCUUUGCUGAGAGAGAGUGGGGCCAGUGUAAGCAGAGGUGGGGACGGGUGAAUGAGCAGGUGUGUAAGUUCGUGGGAAGCUACGAGGCGGCUUUGAGGGAGCAAGCUAGUGGCCAGAAUGAAAAUGAUGUCAUGAAGGCAGCCCAUGAGAUUUUCUUCAAUGACUACCAGGGCAAGUUCAUGCUUGAACAUGCGUGGAGAGAACUUAGGUUCGAUCAAAAAUGGAGAUCAAACUUUCUGUCCAGAGAUGGUGCAAAGGAGAAAAGGAAGGAACCAGUGGAGCUGCCUGAUGAGGAAGAAGUUAGGCCUCCGGGUGUUAAGGCUAGCAAAGCAGCCAAACGCAAGAAGCACGGGAAAGAAGCAGCUUUUGAUCAGAUCCAGAGCAUACUAACCAUGAAAAA